CAGUAUCAGUACCAACCACAAAUCCGGAGCUACGCAAUCCGGAUUAAUUGUUUUUAUUUAAUUUUUAUUGUUUAAAAUUAUACCAUCUAAAAAUAACAAUUAUAAUAAACAUAAAUAAAUUACAUAUUCAACGAAAUAAUCGCCUCAACCUAAAAUAUAAAUAAAAUUUAACAAUUUUGUAUCGCCAUCUUAAAAAAUUAUUGACUCACGCUUUAAUACGUCUCUCACAUCAAUUAACAAAUAAAAUAAAUUACAUAAAAAAUAAUGUUCAAUAUAUAUUAUCCAUUAAGUAAUUAUUCAACAUCGCGUAAAAAAAUUUUAAACAAAUAACCCGCGAGUGUUAUUUAAAUUCAAAUUUAAAUAUUCAUUUAUAAAUUUAAAAUUUAAAUAAUUAUUAUUAUCAUCAUUAUUAUUAUUAUUAUUUUGACAGUUGUGUGUCAUGUUCCACUUAACCAGUGUCUUAGAUCUACAUAAGUGAUUAAAUAUAUAAAUAUAUAUAUUUUAUUUUAUAAAAUAUAUUGUAGACAUUUAUUAAUUUUUUAAAAUAAAACAAUGACGUUGGGUGGGGCCGCGCAAACUUAUUAUUUAAUCAUCUAAAAAAAAUUCAAAUUUAAAUCUAACGAGUACUAUUUUUAAAUAAAAUAUACCUUAAAUAAUAAUAAUAUAAUAUAUGUGAAAAUAUACAUAUAUAUGCAUGUAUAUAUAUGACUAUUUAUCAAAAAAAAUAUAUAAAUAAACAAGAUUUUAUAAAAAGGAAGCCAUCGCCAUUACUGUUCUCUCAAUUAUCUCUGGGUGUCUCGCUUUCAUUUGGUUGCUGUUGUUGGCCCUCGGCAGCAGCUGAAACCGAUUAAAAAGUGUGAGAGGGCAACGAUAUCAACUCGGCAUAUCCAGGAUUUUUAAAAAAACGUCUAGAAAUUUAAAAAAAAAUCAAGAAAAAAAACUAGACGUAGACAUAAGAGAAUAGAGAACGAGAGUCUUGGGACAAGGAAUAAAAUAAAGAAGAAAUAAAAAUAAUAAAUAAUGAAUCCGGGUAAUCAACAUCAUCGGGGCAUGAGUAUGCAGGGACGGUAUCGUAAUGUUGGUGGUGGAUCAGGAUCAGGGCCAGCAUUAGCACGUUCAGCUCCAACGAGUCAUAGCCAUAGUCACAAUCGCUCAAGCUGGCAUCAACACUCUCACAAUUCUCACAAUCAACUUAAUCAACAUAAUCAGCAGUACAACAAUAAGGAGUACCCCUAUCGUCAGGGAGCAUCGGCACGAUAUCAUAAUGGAGAUUCGGGAGUAAGUUCGUCGUCUAACCCAACGGUAAAAGAUGUCUACCAUGGCCCAAAUAAUGCCAACGUAGCUUACAAGCCCCAAUCACACACAAAUCGCGUUGCUCAGCCACCACCGACUCCGUCAUCACAACCGUCAUCUUCGUCUCAUUUCACAUCCGAUCUCACUCCUAAUCAUCGUCGACCUAUUUCGCCGCCAUUACGUAUCAAUAUCUAUAACCAGGAUACAUCUACGAUGCGGGGUCCACUGAUGAAUCUAAGCCCAACUCUAAGCGUAAACGCUGAUCUCGAGUACCGCCGACCUCCUCAAACAGCAAACCAACUAUCAGCCUUAAGUCCGAAUGUUUCAAUGCAAGCAUCUCCAGCUUACUACCGUCAGUCGCCACUGGACACACCCGAGGGCCGUAAAAGUGAAUCUCCAUCACGUAAACGUCGUCGCAUAUCUCGGAAUGCCGGAGUCAGUGGUCCCAAUAUCAACGUAGGAGUAGCCAAUGGUGGACCAGGUCCAAUUGGUCCAGGUAAUUUAGAAAAUCAUCCUGUGCAUCAUCAGCAGCAGCAAGUCCACCAUCAGCAGCCUCCAGGACAUCAUCAGCAGCAGCAAGAAUCAACAUCUUCGACUCAAUCGCCACCUCUGCUUUCAAACGCAGCACCAUGGGAAUUAUCAGCUCCCCAAAGACGUUCACCACGUAAUCAUAUAGCGACGCGUGGAAGCCCACCAAUAAGAAAUCGGUACCCGCGAUACACUGAUUCCUUCACGCUGUCGUACCCAUUUCUACCCGGAAUGCCGCAACAUCUACAUGGUCCGCAUCACAAUCUCCAUAGCAACACUUUGCAUCAUAGUAAUAUCCAUGGGCUACACAAUACUCAUCACAAUAUCCAUGGACAUCAUGGUCUACAUGGUAACGGACAUCCCCAAGCACACCAGCAUCCAAUUCAACAAGGAACUGGCCACCAUCCAUCAACUGGUACCAAUAACCCAGUGGUUGUUGAAGUUGGACAAGUUGGAGUCUCAGGUCUUGGUGUUACAGUCAGUGGGGAACCCAUUUGGCAUCCAGCGGGUGCUACUACGGGUUUUCAUCAUAGGAUACCUUGUCAAUUACACAGCAUAUAUGCUGCGCCAACUGCUCAUGCAUUUGCUCACUCGUGUCAGGUUACUCAUCAUCACCAUCAUACUCAUUAUCAAGCUGGACCGCCACCACCUUCUGGACACAAUUUAAUUGCCGCGACACCGAGAGGUUAUGCUGCUCCUUCAGGAGUCGCUGGGUUACAUCCUCAUCCUCCGCCUACGGUUCACACGGCGCAUUAUCCUACUCAUCAUCCGUUACCUCAGCAGGUAAUGCGAGAAGUUGAAUUAGAAUUAAUAGAGAGACCGCAUCUCCACCAUCACCAUCAUCCGCACCCACAUCGUGUGGGAGGUAAUGGUCCACCAGGUCCUCAAGCGCCGCAACCACAGCCGCCGCCCUCACUUACUCUAUCCCACUCGUACUCACCGCCAACACUGGCACCUCAAGUAUCACCACCGCCAAUGUUUCUCUCCGAAACGCGUAAUAAUCAAAUGGAAUUGCUGCAAUCCCGCACUCGACGUCCUGCAGCACAACGUAACAGAAACCCCCAGCGACCUAAUUCCCAUACAAGAUGGACCCGCGGUGGAGGCGCACCGCCAAUGCCACCAUCAUCUUAUCCCGGACUUCUUUUUCAUUUCUUGGCAAUGUUUAGUAAUCCACCAUUAUCGUCAUACAGCCAAGCAGAAUUAUCAUCACCCGAGUCCGCUGAAACCGAAAAUUACGAGGCGCUACUGUCACUUGCUGAGCGACUCGGUGAAGCCAAACCACGAGGUCUUACACGAGCUGAAGUUGAACAGUUGCCGUCAUACAAAUUUAAUGCUGAGACUCAUCAAGGUGAUCAGACAAAUUGUGUCGUCUGUAUGUGUGAUUUCGAACCACCUCAGUCACUCAGAGUGCUACCAUGUUCACACGAAUUUCACUCAAAGUGUAUUGACAAAUGGCUUAAGUCAAAUCGAACAUGUCCAAUCUGUCGUGGUGAUGCUGCUGAUUACUUUGGUCCCACCGCAGGAGCUAAUGGUGGAGGGAGUAGUAGUACUACAAGCGGGGAAUGACCUACAAUAUCACAUGUACUUUAACAUUAGCUAUCAUUAUUAUUAUUAUUAUUAUCAUUAUUAUUAUUAAUAAUACCUCCCAAUUGGGUGCCUAUUUUUUCAUGCUAUAAAUAUACAUAAAUAUAUAAAUAUAUAUUUAUGUAUAUAUAUACUGAGUGUCUUUAAAUAAUAAUAAAAUUAAAGAGAUCAAAUAAAAUAAUUUUUAAUUAUUGAUCAAAUAAUUAAAAAAAAAACAUUAAAUUAAAUACUAAUAAUUAAUAAUAAUAUAAAAUUAAUGGUAAUGAAAACUAAAUAAUAAUAAUAAUUAUUAAUAAUUGAUAAUAUUGAAUAUAUAUAUAUAUGUGUAUAUGUUAUAUAUAUCAUAUAUAAUGUAUAAAUAUGUAAAUUCAGCUAAAUUUUACGUGCAUCUAAACGCGUUCCUCCGUCCGUUUGCAAGAAAAAAGAAAAAAAAUACAAGUACUAUUACAAUUAUUCGUGGUUACAAAAAAAAGAGGGUUUUAAACAAUGGAAAAAAAUAUAACGAUUUAAAUACAUUUGUAAAUUUCCUUUCUGAGCUUUAUUAGUUUUUUUUUUGCAUUGUAUGUAAAUAAAUAAAUUAAUUAGACGAUUAGGGUAGAUGGUAAUUAAUGAGUGUGUAAAAAAUGUAGCCGUGAGUUUAUUAAUUAUUAUUAUUAUUUUUUUUUGUUUAAGUAGUGAAUUUAUAAAAUAUUAAGUAACUAGAGGGACUAAAAAUUUUGAAUUUUAAUUAAUAGAUUAGAGGUAGUAGAUUAUCGUAUUUAAAUGUUUAUAUAUUAUAUAUUAAUAUUAUUAUUUUUUUAUUUAAGUUGAUUUGAUAAUGAGAUUUUUAAAUUUUAGACUAAUAUUUAAGUUUUUUUUUCUUACUCAGAAAGUAUGAGGGAAAUUAAUUUUUUAGAGAGGAAGUUUGAAGGAAAUUUAAUGCCCUUUCAAAUGAGUACAAACAAGCCAUACUUAUUUUUGAUAAAUUUUUAGAUACACAUAUAUUUUAAUAACGGGUUUAUAAAUGUAUGUGAAAAUAUCAGGAAUAAGUAUGGCUUGUCGGUACUCGUUUAAAAGCGCAUUUAAUUUCCUAUCUCUCUGCAGUUUUAAAAAAAUUUUUUCAGUAAUUUAAAAACUAGUUUUUGAAAUUGUUAUUUAAUUUCAAAAAAAAAUUUUUUUCAUAUUUAGAUAAUUAGAGAAUUGAAAAUGCUUUCAAACGAAUACUAACAAGCUGAAGUUAUUUUAAAAAUUUUUUAAUAUAUACAUAUAUUAGAGUUUAUAUAUAUAUAUAUGAAAAUUUUUGAAAGUAUAGCUUGUGGGUACUCAUUUUAAAGUGCAUUCAAUUCUCUAUGUUUUUAUGCACAUAAAAUUUUUUUAAAAGUAAUUUACUAAUUAAUACAAUUAAUUAUUUACUCACUCGUACUUUCUCUAUUUGAAUUUUUAUUAUUAUUAUUAUUAUUUAAUUGGCUUUAUUAGGAACAAAUUAUUUAGUGGCUAUUUUAAAAUUGUUUAUAAAAAUAUUAAUUUCUUAAAAUUGUUAUUAAUUUUUAUAUAAAAAUAAUAUUUAAUUAUUUUUCUAAAUAUUUUGAUAUUAAUUAAUAAAAAAAAAAAAAAUUCGUCGCUUUUUUGAUUUUUUUUUUUUAAUAUAAUUAAAUUAUAAACAAUUACAUAUUGUCACUAAUUAUUAUUAUUAUUAUUAUUAUUAUUAUUACUAUUACUAUUAUUAUUAUUAUAAAAUAAUAAUAAUAAUAUUAUUUUAUUACAUUGAAUCAUGAUGAUAUUCUGGAGCGGGUGCCUUUGCAUUGAAAAAAAAAAAAAAAUAUCAAUCGAAAAAAAAUAUCUGACGUUUAAAAACCGUUUAAAAAUGAAAAUAAAAAUAAUGAAUAAUAAAAAAUAUGUUAAUAGAAAAAAUAUAAAUGUCUAUUCCAAAACAAAACUUAUAAAAAAAAAAAUAUUGAAAAUUAGAAAAAAGGUACAAACGCAUAUACGUAAUAUGUAAUAUAAAAAAAUGGAUUCAAUGGGAAGUUUUUUAUUUUUUCUGAUUUUUUUUUUAGUAGAAAAAAUGAUUAUAUAAAUUAGUCAUGAAAAUUUUGACAUUAUCUAGGACAUAGAUAAUUUUUCUUUUACUAAAUUUUAGUUUGUAGUUAAACUAUUGAAAAUAUGAUAAAAAUGAAUGAGAAAGAUUUUGUAGAGAAUUUAAUUCUGAAUAAAAAAGGUUGAGUUCGUUUUUAACCUUAAGCUGAUAAUAUAUGAUCAUAUAUGAUAUCGUAAAAAAUUAUAUAUGAUUAUAUCUGAUCAGAUACAAAACAUGCCCAUGGAUAAUAGAAAAUAUCACUUUAUCUUCUAUCAUACAUGAUUAUAUAUGACCACAUAUAUCAGAUAUGAUCACAUACAUCAAAUAUGACCAUAUAUCAUAUAUUUCAGAUAUGAUCAUAUACGAUCACAUAUUUUAUAUGAGCAUAUACAUCAGAUAUUACCAUAUAUCAUAUAUGAUCAUUUGUGUCAGAUGAGAUCCUAUAUGAUAUAUAGUCAUGUCUAAUCAUAUAUGUCAGAUAUGAUCAUAUAUAACCAGAUAUAUCAGAUAGGAUCAUAUAUGAUAUCAGAUAAUAUGAUAUUUGUAUCAUACAGGAUCAUAUUUUGUAUCUAAUCAGAUAUAAUUAUUCAUAUAUGAUCAUAUCUGAGUAUUUUUUUUUAAAUUAUGAUUAUAAUCAAAUUUUAUAAAACAAAAAAAAAUUCAAAAAUUUAAACAUGAUAUUUUUACGAAAAAUUAAACUUAAAAAAUUUAAAAAUAUUAAUUUUUAUAAAUGACUAAUUUAUAUAAUUAUAAAAUAUUCUCACAAUUUAAUUUAAAUAAUAAAUAUGCUGCUACUAAUAGAUU